GGUAGUGACAACGGUAGCUAGCUAGCCACGUAAUGUGUGCUGUGCUGUAGCUAAUGCUAACUUGGGAAUCUCCUAUCAACUACAAUAGUGUGUGGUUAACGUUACCUAGGCCAUUGUCAACCACCGAAAAAACGCUGGUUUAGCUAACCGCACAAUAUCACAGCAACGUUUAAACUUCCCGGCUCCUCGAGGCUAUUUAUUUUUUUCACUUCGAGGAGAAGCGGAUUAAUAAAUCACAUGAUAUCGGGAGUGUGAUAGCCAUAGCGUCAUGCCUCCCUCCCUCUAUUGUGAUUCAGUAACUAGCAGCAGUCUGAAGGCGAGGGCUGUUGACUUGCGGCUAGUCUUGGCUAGCUAGCUACCGAUCACACAUUGGUUAGAGGCUGACUUCGUGUAUGCCACCCUCGGCAUAAGGCUGCAGUAGUAAAGAUGGACGAGGCCUCUCUCACUGUCAACAAUGAGCUGGAUGCUGAGAUGGUCGUGAGCUGGCUAUCAGACCACUGCUAUCAGUGUGUGUACCAGCCCCUGGGUGUGGUGCCAGCAGGCCCUGGACCAGGCAUACCCAGCUCAGUGGACUUCACCGUGGGCACACAGCAUGGCAUCACCCUGCAGUUCAACAGCAGCCUCGUCAGCCUGGAACUCUGCAAGGUUCAUUUCCACUUCUGGGAGCAUGGUAACUACUCUCUGUGGGUCAAGAACCUGAAUGACUCAUCAGUGGUCAACUGUUCCAUGAUCACUGACACAGAACCGGUCAACAGCUACCUGCCCAUCAUGGUGGCCUUUCUGUUGUUCACGGGACUGGCUCUACUGUCUGCUGUUGGAGGCACAGUCAUGGGGCUGGGCGUGGUGAAGAAUCUGAUGUUCCGAUUGGGCAACUCCAUGGAAACUGAGAGGCUUAUCAACUCAGAGCUGGGGUUUCCAGGCAGGACGGUGGAGACGGCCACAGACACCAUACUCCCCACCGCCGCCACCCCCAGCCGGAGGCUCCGAUCCCUGGACACUUUCAGAGGGUUGUCCCUGGUCAUCAUGGUUUUUGUGAACUACGGAGGAGGGAGGUACUGGUUCUUCAGACACGAGAGCUGGAACGGACUCACAGUUGCUGAUUUGGUCUUCCCCUGGUUUGUGUUCAUCAUGGGCACGUCUAUAUCCCUGUCUGUCAGCUCAGCCCUGCGUUGUGGUUUGUCACGUUUCUCUCUCUUCACCAAGGCAGUCUGGAGGAGUGUUCAGCUCUUCCUCAUAGGACUCCUCAUCAUCAACCCCAACUACUGCCAGGGACCACUAUCAUGGGACUCCCUGCGUAUCCCUGGCGUGCUUCAGCGUCUGGCCUUCUCCUAUCUGGUGGUGACCUCUCUGGACCUCUGUGUGGCCUGGAACAGCCUGGACAACCUUCCUGUGGAUGCUUGGUGGUACUCUGCUCGUGAGUUCCUGCUCUACUGGCCAGCCUGGCUGUGUGUGGUCGUCUUGGAAACCGUGUGGCUCUGUCUCACCUUCCUGCUCCCUGUUCCUGACUGCCCAAGUGGUUAUUUGGGCCCAGGUGGUAUUGGGGACAUGGGCCAGUACCCAAACUGCACUGGGGGAGCAGCCGGAUAUGUAGACCGCUGGUUACUGGGAGAGAACCACAUCUACCAAACACCUUCCUCACGGGUGAUCUACAAGUCUCACAUGCCCUUUGAUCCAGAGGGAGUCCUUGGCAGCAUCAACUCUGUCUUCAUGGCUUUCCUGGGACUACAGGCAGGAAAGAUCCUCCUCCACUACAAGGAUCAGCAUUCCAGUAUAAUGGCCCGGUUCCUCAUAUGGAGCCUGGUUCUGGGAAUCAUAUCAGCCACUCUGACCAAAUGUUCACUGAAUGAAGGCUUCAUCCCCGUCAACAAGAAUCUAUGGUCUCUCUCCUACGUGACCACCCUGGCGUGUUUUGCCUUGCUGCUUCUGGUGUCGAUCUACUACACAGUAGAUGUGAAGAGGUGGUGGUCUGGGGCGCCCUUCUACUACCCUGGUAUGAACUCCAUCCUGGUGUACGUGGGCCACGAGGUCCUGGAGGACUACUUCCCGUUCCGCUGGCGCAUGGCCAACAGCCAAUCCCACGCAGAGCACCUGACCCAGAACCUAUUGGCCACUUCCUGCUGGGUCCUCAUCUCCUUCCUGCUGUACAGGAAGAACGUCUUCUGGAAGAUCUAGAGGGCCAGGACGCGUUUCAAUAAGUCUUUCUUCAAGUCCUCUACAGAUUUAGGGGGAAGAUCUAAGGGGCCGGGCUGCGUCUCAUAAGUGUUAUCUCAAGUCUUUCUGAAGGAUCUACUCUUUUCAAUUCCUUGUGUCCUGUAACCAACGAUUCACUGGGAGAUGUCGAGCUGGGCCGUAUCUCAAUAGUCUCCUCAAUUCCUUGUGUCCUGUAACCAACGAUCCACUGGGAGAUGUCGAGCCGGGCCGUAUCUCAAUAGUCUCCUUAAUUCCUUGUGUCCUGUAACCAACGAUCCACUGGGAGAUGUCGAGCUGGGCCGUAUCUCAAUAGUCUCCUCAAUUCCUUGUGUCCUUUAACCAACGAUCCACUGGGAGAUGUGAGCCGGGCCGUAUCUCAAUAGUCUCCUCAAUUCCUUGUGUCCUGUAACCAACGAUCCACUGGGAGAUGUCGAGCUGGGCCGUAUCUCAAUAGUCUCCUCAAUUCCUUGUGUCCUUUAACCAACGAUCCACUGGGAGAUGUCGAGCUGGGCCGUAUCUCAAUAGUCUCCUUAAUUCCUUGUGUCCUUGAAGAUCUUUGGCUGGGUUGCAUUUCACUUGCCUUUCAUCAAUUCCUUGUGUCCUUUCUCCAGCUUCCUUUUUAAAAAGGGAUAGCGUAAAGCGUUUCCUCUCCUUGUUUCCUUUCCUCAUGUGCUCUCCUUGCUGGACGCUGAUGUUUUGAGAAAGGGAACAUAAUCACUCAGGAAAAGGCUGGUCUGUGAUUGUAUCCAAGAGACACGGAAACUCAAACCAUUUUUCUGCUCAUACAAAUCAAAUGUUAUUAGUCACAUGCGCCAAAUACAACAGUCACCUUUAGAGACUUACCCUUUGGGUCUAGACGGAUGGACUGUCUGGCUGCGUACCAUUUUUGAGGACGGCUUUUGUGGAACAUAGACUUGGAUCUCCCCAAUCGUGGCAUUUGGCUCAACCUUAUCGUGAAAUGUUUACUGACGAACCCGUAACCAUCAAGAAAAUAGAGUUAAUGGAAACGAUGCUACAGGCUCUGGUCUACGCUACACUUUCACUAUGGACACACAGUUCAGAGGUCACUGGGAUGUGUGUGGGAUCAAACUGGGCUUCACAACAAAAGAAUGGGAGUGUACAGCCAAACGGGUAUGGAAUAGUGUACCAUUAGAUAAUACAUGUGUUGAUUCUCGUUUGUGCAUGUACGAGCGCUUGCUUUCUUGGGACUGAAACAACCAAUGCCAGACAGUUGAAAUAACUUGUACUAAUUAAUGACAUUGUCUUUUUUUUUCUUUUUUUUGCCAAAGUCAUCAAGGAAAUGAAUGAUGGACCAACCGCCAACUAACUGUAUGUGUAUAUUUCAUGGGUCGUUCCACAAAUUCAGUGCCUUUUUUGAGAAGUGUAACAUGGUUUUAAAAAAAAAAGGGGGAAAAAAAGUUUUAUUUCACCUCAUUUUCAUAUUCUGUCAUAAAGAACACAUAUUCUCCCAUUUCAAAGUACUACAGUAGGGGCCUGUUCAAUGCCCAAUAAAGUAACAGGGUUGAUGAUCUCAUCGUAAAUCUGUCGUAAAUCCCAUUGUGACGGGAGAAGGAAAGCUUGUGUGCAACAGGGAGUGGCAAAUUUUAAAUGCAGGAAUCACCAAAAAAUGUUUAAUUGUUAAAAAAAAUGUCUAGCUUUUCUGUCUAUGGGUAACAGGGUUGACUUGUAAUGCUCGACACGCUCAGUUUUCCACCACAAAAUGCCAGAAAAUGGCCAUAAAGAGUAAAACCAGCUCACCUGCUUUUACAUGAUUUGACUAUUAGAUGUUCAAUGUCUCUUUUGAAAAAAAAAUAUUUAAAAAUGAAUCAUUUUGCCCUAUUAAAAUGAGACUUCAGUUCACGUAACAGGGUUGACUUUAAAAUGAGGGACAGGUGAUUUAAUCCCUAAAUAAUCUUUAGGAAUGACUUUUUGUCAAAGUAACAAAAUAACUAGGGCUUUACAACGAUGGUGAAAACUUGGGAGAUGUUUUUGGGGUUUUAAGUCUGUUAAAAUCUUCCUAGAAGUCGAUGCUGAGGGUGCAAGGGGGGGGACGUGUCAAAAUGCUGAAUUAUGUCACUUUAACAAGUCUUUAUUCAUGUAAAAAAAAAAAAAAAAUUGGAUUGAUUGAAUUUUCUAUGUGGUCUAUAUUAAAGAGCGCUUCAUUUAAAAUUACAGGCUUUUUUUCUUUUCCUACUUAAAAUAUCAAAGGGAUGCAAAAGGACCUUAUUUUGUGGAAUGAUCCUCCAUAUGAACAUACAGCGUUGUGCCAAAACACUACAGAAGAAGAAACCACGUUUAAGUCCCAAAUAGCACCCUAUUCCCUUUUUAUAGUGCACUAAUUUUAACCAGAGCCAAGAAGAAACCACGUUUAAGUCCCAAAUAGCACCCUAUUCCCUUUUAUAGUGCACUAAUUUUAACCAGAGCCAUAUGGGUCCUGGUCAAAAGGAGUGCACCAUAUUCCCUUUUUAUAGUGCACUACUUUUAACCAGAGCCCUAUGGGUCCUGGUCAAAAGGAGUGCACUACAAAGGGUACUAUUUUAGGGUGUAAAUUAUGACCUUCCUUGAGGUAAUUGUACUGUAUGACAUGUAAAUGAGCACAAAGAAUGGCAGGACACAGCUAUUCAUGCAACACAAUGAUGAUUUAUACCAGAUUCAGACAACUGUAAACUUCUGUUACUGUAUCAUACUCAAUGCCAAAGUACUAGUAUUUGUGUUUUAACGGUGUGGUUAAUGAAUUAAACUGUAAAAAUGAUAAUAUAUCGACCGAAGCUCAUGCAAAUAAUGCGAUGUGUACUUUUCAUCGUUGUGAAUAAAUUGUAUCAAUAUCUUUUUAAAUGCGACCAAAGACGACUAGCAGUGCUAUUUGAUACAGUUACCCAAAUAAAAACCUCAUUAAAUAAAUAGGAAAAUGUAUUCUCUCACUGCUGUUAUUCACUCAGGGUAAGACCCACUGGGCAUACACUGGUUGAAUCAAUGUUGUUACCACGUCAUUUCAAUUAAAUUACUUUGAUACCAACGCGCAAUAGACGUUGAAUUGACGUCUGUGCUCAGUGGGGAGCGUCUGCUAAAUGACUAAAAUGUAAAUAAAUUUGUGCAAAAUGGCAGCCUAUUCCUUAUUAUAGUGCACUACUUUAGACCAGAGCCCUAUGGCACCCUAUUCCCUUUUUAGUGCACUACUUUAGACCGGCACCCUAUUCCCUAUAUAGUGCAGUACUUUAGACCAGAGCCCUAUGGCACCCUAUUCCCUAUAUAGUGCACUACUUUAGACCAGAGCCCUAUUGGUCUUGGUCAGAAGGAGCAGGGUACUCUAUAUAGUGAAUAAAGCCCUGUUGGUCCUGGUCAGAAGGAGCAGGGUACACUAUAUAGUGAAUAAAGCCCUGUUGGUCCUGGUCAGAAGUAGCAGGCUACUCUCUAUAUAGUGAAUAAAGACCUAUUGGUCCUGGUCAGAAGUAGCAGGCUACUCUAUAUAGUGAAUAAAGCCCUGUUGGUCCUGGUCAGAAGUAGCAGGCUACUCUAUAUAGUGAAUAAAGCCCUGUUGGUCCUGGUCAGAAGUAGCAGGCUACUCUAUAUAGUGAAUAAAGCCCUGUUGGUCCUGGUCAGAAGUAGCAGGCUACUCUAUAGUGAAUAAAGCCCUAUUGGUCCUGGUCAGAAGUAGCAGGCUACACCAUAUAGUGAAUAAAUCCCUGUUGGUCCUGGUCAGAAGUAGCAGGCUACUCUAUAUAGUGAAUAAAGCCCUGUUGGUCCUGGUCAGAAAUAGCAGGCUACUCUAUAUAGUGAAUAAAGCCCUGUUGGUCCUGGUCAGAAGUAGCAGGGUACACUAUAUAGUGAAUAAAGCCCUGUUGGUCCUGGUCAGAAGUAGCAGGCUACUCUAUAUAGUGAACAAAGCCCUGUUGGUCCUGGUCAGAAGUAGCAGGCUACUCUAUAUAGUGAACAAAGCCCUGUUGGUCCUGGUCAGAAGUAGCAGGCUACACUAUAUAGUGAAUAAAGCCCUGUUGGUCCUGGUCAGAAGUAGCAGGCUACUCUAUAUAGUGAAUAAAGCCCUGUUGGUCCUGGUCAGAAGUAGCAGGCUACUCUAUAUAGUGAAUAAAGCCCUGUUGGUCCUGGUCAGAAGUAGCAGGCUACACUAUAUAGUGAAUAAAGCCCUAUUGGUCCUGGUCAGAAGUAGCAGGCUACACCAUAUAGUGAAUAAAGCCCUGUUGGUCCUGGUCAGAAGUAGCAGGCUACUCUAUAUAGUGAAUAAAGCCCUGUUGGUCCUGGUCAGAAGUAGCAGGCUACUCUAUAUAGUGAACAAAGCCCUGUUGGUCCUGGUCAGAAGUAGCAGGCUACUCUAUAUAGUGAAUAAAGCCCUAUUGGUCCUGGUCAGAAUUAGCAGGCUACUCUCUAUAUAGUGAAUAAAGCCCUAUUGGUCCUGGUCAGAAGUAGCAGGCUACUCUAUAUAGUGAAUAAAGCCCUGUUGGUCCUGGUCAGAAGUAGCAGGCUACACUAUAUAGGGAAUUGGGGCGGCAGCGUAGCCUAGUGGUUGGAUGUCAUAAGGUGAAUGCACCAAUUUGUAAGUCGCUCUGGAUAAGAGCGUCUGCUAAAUGACUUAAAUGUAAAUGUAAAUGUUAGAGCGUUGGACUAAUAACCGAAAGUUUGCAAGAUCGAAUCCCUGAGUUGACAUGGUACAAAUCUGUCGUUCUGCCCCUGAACAAGGCAGUUAACCCACUGUUCCUAGGCCGUCAAUGAAAAUAAGAAUUUGUUCUUAACUGACUUGCCUAGUUAAAUAAAUGAAAAUAGAGUUCAAUUUACAUCCUGACAUUCUUUUCCUUUUGUUGUUGUUGUUUUAGACAUUUGAACAUUCCAUGUGAUUCCUUUAAAUGAUUUUAUUUUAAUUAAAGGUACUCUCUUACAUGUGA